CAACAUCAAAUGAUCUAUUCUCAGAUUCCAUAUGACUAAACUCUAAAGUAAUUUCAAGCAUUUAUAAUUCAGCUAUCUUCCAUAAGGUUAUCCCAUGUAUUACUAACAUUAUCAACCAUACCAAACAACAUUUGAACCCUAUCAAGUUUUAUCAAAUAUUAUUCCCAUCACAGAGCAUAUACCAUCUACAAUUAUGUUUCCUUAAGAAACAGUAAUUGAAAAAUAUACCCCUUAAUAAAUGCCUAAAAUAGUUUAAAAUGAAAAUUGUAGGAAAAAUAAAAGAAAAAACUUUUUUAAUUUAGAUAACAAUCCUUAUUUAUAUUCUAAUGCUAGAAUUAGAAAUUAUCCAUAAUAAUUAUCGCCAUAACAUUACUAAUAAUAUUCUAAUGAGGCUCAUUAAAUCUAAUUUUAAACUAGUAGAUUAGAAAAUACCUAAAGAUUUUAAGACCAUUAAAUUUAAUCUGUUUAACAGAAAAAUCUAAAAGAAUUAGAAUCAACAAGAAUAUUUUAUCCACCUUAACCAAUAUAAUAAUAAACUAUCAAUAAUCAAAUCGAAUAAAGACUACAAACUACCUAAUAAUAUCCUAUACAAAAUAUUUAAUAGUCAAAAACCUUAGAAUAAAAGGGUUAUCAUCAUUAAUAAUAGAAUCUUCCUUUCAAUGAGCCGAUUCCUUCUAUGUAGACUUAGAGUUUACAUCCUUAAUAUUAAAGUACAGCACAAUUAUAACCAUUAUUAUCUAAAAGCUUAAAUAAUUAAACUGGAAGAUUAUUGAACGAAUCUAAACCCUCUAUUAUUCAAUCAACUAUUGUAAUACAUAUUUAUAUUUUAGUAAUAUAAUGCACCUAAAUAAAGACCAGGCCUUAAUUUAGAUUUGAAUUAGUAUAAAUCAUCCAGUUAGAGCCUUUCACAAUCAAAAUUAAGAAGAUCAAAAAUUUUCGAUUGA